CCAAAAUGGCGCGCGUCUAGGGGGGGGGGAGUUACGGGAAAAAAUUCCGAGGCUCGAAUUUUGAAUAAUUUCUGCGGUUUUAGGGACAAACGGAGUAAUUUAAUUCGGAUAGACAACUGAUUAAAAUGGCUGUGACUUUGGAUUCCGUGAUGUAUUUAGUGAUUGUCGCGAUUUUCUGGGGUGCGACGAAUCCGUUCAUUAAAAAGGGGGCAAUUGGAGUGGAAAAUGUACAGGCCGCCAGCUCGAUUGGACGAUUUUUCAAGCAGAUACUGUUUCUUUUCACUAGUUUGAAGUACUUGGUGCCUUUCUCGAUCAACCAAUGCGGGUCUCUCUUGUACGUGGCAUCUCUGGGAAGUACCGACUUAUCUCUCGCCGUUCCAGUGGCGAAUUCACUUACUUUUGUGUUUACGGGACUCGCGGGGUGGUGGUUGGGAGAGGAAAAGCCGAAUAAAAACACUUAUAUAGGGACGUUUAUGAUUCUCGCUGGUACAGCCCUCUGCUGUCUCGACAAACUCUCCCCAACUGGGGAGACAGCAUCAUAGAAAUCGCUGUCAAUCAAUUUUUUUACCUUGAGAAAUCACCGAAAUGAGGAAUAAAUAUUUUUCAACCCA